AUGGCGGGACCAAGUGCCUCUGAAGUCAUCUUUAUCUCUGUCAAUCACAACAUCACUUUCAUGGGGAAGGUGUGGCUUAUUGUGAUGAUCUUCCUCCGUCUCUUGAUCCUUCUCUUAGCUGGUUAUCCUCUCUACCAGGAUGAGCAGGAGCGAUUUGUGUGUAACACCAUUCAGCCCGGAUGUGCCAAUGUGUGCUAUGAUCUAUUUUCUCCCAUCUCUCUCUUCCGCUUCUGGCUGGUGCAGCUCGUCUCUUUGUGUCUCCCUUCCAUCAUCUUUAUCAUCUAUGUGAUCCAUAAGGUCUCCAAUGGCCUCAUUGUGGACCUGAACUCUUCAGGUCACACCAAAGCCUUACCGAUCCACCAGGAGCUGUUAAACAAGACAACUGUGAACAAGGUGUCUCUGGUAGCUGAGCGAGGGUGGGCCCAGUGCUUCACAGGAGCCUACAUACUUCAUCUGAUGUUCAGAACCUUGCUCGAAGCAGGGUUUGGAGCAGCUCACUACUACCUGUUUGGUUUCUACAUCCCAAGAAGGUUCCUGUGCCAGCAUCCCCCAUGCACUACCCAGGUGGACUGCUACAUCUCCAGGCCAACAGAGAAGACUGUGAUGCUCAACUUCAUGCUUGGCGUAGUUGCUCUGUCCCUUUUCCUAAACGUGUUGGAUUUCAUCUGUGCCAUCAAGCAUUCAGUGAGGCAGAAAAGCAAGAGGAAGAUGAUGGUGGAGAAGGUAUAUGAAGAAGAGCAGUGUUUCAUUACAGCAAGAGGAGGCUCCAGAAGAAUAGACCCGAACCUGGCUCGGCAGGAUUCAGAGGGAGAAGCUGCCCACAAAGGGAGUUUCCGAAAGAGGCAAGGAAGCAAGGGCUCUUGCGGAGGGGGAGCGCUUGCUUUAGGUCAGGAACCACCCUCCCUGGAGCGCUCUUCUCUUCCACGCUCUCCAGGACCUUCAGGCUGCAACACAAACGGGAAUAACGGCUACUCUGUUUCCCAAGAGGAGGCUCCAGAAAGGAACGGCAGUGAGGUGGCUCUUUGCCCUCCUGAGCCAAUGGGGACACCCAGAUCCAUCCGUGUUAGCAAACGCAGUCGACUCAAACCACCACCUCCUCCCAGACGGGACCUUGGUUCAUCCUCCAAGGAUCCAGAGGGGCCCUUUGGAGGCGUUUCCACAGCAACUGCAAUUUGUACCAGAAAGGUGGGUCAGUAUACGUUGGUUGAGCUGGGUAGCGGAGCAGAGCUGCAGACUAAUGAUGACGGGCAAGAGAAGAGAUCAGAGUGGGUGUGA